AUGGUGAUAUAUUAGAAAGAGUUAAAACGGAAGAUAGAUUAUAGAUUCUUCUAAUGCGGAUGUAGAAUCUGGAAGUGUUAAGGUAAUCAUCAAUUCAAAUUGGAUAGCGAUGCAUAAUUUGUUUGGUAUGGUUAAGAAGUAAAUAUAUAUUUAAAUAUUUAAGUUAUCAACUAGUACUGUGA